AUGCGUAGGAAUGCUGGAGAAGAUACUAAUGGAAGUGCAGGGGCAGUUUUGAGCAAACAGUUUAUCAAGAAGAUGAUUUAUGGAGUUGGAAUUCAAGGGAGAUCUGUCAUCAUUCUAUAUGUAAAACUUUAUGCUUGUGGUGACAGUGGAUUGGAUGGGUUAGGAGGACCAGGAGUACAACUUGGAAGCCCUGAUAAGAAAAAGCGCAAAGCAAAUACACAGGGAUCAUCAUUUCCUCCUCCAUCUGAAUAUGCUCCACCGCCGAAUCCAAGCUCUGACCACCUUGUAGCUGCAAAUCCAUUUGAUGACAACUAUAAUACUGUGUCUUAUAAACCACUUCCUUCAGGAAAUCCAUAUUUUAGUAAUCCUGGUUAUCCUGGCUUUGGAGGCUAUAACACUUUCAGAAUGCCACCUCACAUGCUGCCCAGAGUGUCCUCGCCAUAUGGUGGUUCUUACUCCCUCAGAAACCAACCACAUCCCCUUCCUCAAAACCCUGUGGGAAUGGGUUUUAGUCGACCCCACUCUUUCAGCUUUGGUCCACAUGAUAACCCAGGUUUUGGGAAUCAACCACCGUAUAGUAGUGGUCAGAUAAAUCAAAAUGUCAAUAUGCCUGGUCAGCAUUUCAGACCAAAUCCUGGUGAGAACUUUGGUCAUUCUGGUCAGAUACCUCACCCUGAUGUGCCAUCUAACUUUGGUCCUGGAAAUAAUCCAAACUUCCCAAAUUCUCAGCUAGAGUCAAACCAUUCUUUUGUUCCUCCACCAAACACGUACAACCAGACAAAAUCAUCAGUGCAAAAGCAAGACUUUAGUCAAGGUGCAAGCAAAGCAUCCAGCCAGAACACUGCUGCUCAUCAGCAUCAUCACAGGACAGAGGACAUUGUGAGUCAAGGUAACAGUGACCUAAAAAAUGUUACUCGAAACAAUGUAGUAAAUCAGGAUAAUAGCCAUUCUAAUAGUGCUGAUAAUACUAAUGCUGGUCAUUCAAAUGGGACUCAGAGUAAGUCCCGCCAGCCUCGAGGUACUGCUGAAGGAUGCAACUCUGAAAAGAGCAGCAAAACACCCCUUCAUCCCAGUCGUCAUGGUCACUCGUCCUCUGAACCCGUCUACCCAUGUGGAAUUUGUACACAUGAAGUUAAUGAUGACCAGGAUGCCAUCCUGUGUGAAGCCUCUUGUCAGAAAUGGUUUCAUCGGAUCUGUACAGGCAUGACUGAGUCAGCUUAUGGCCUUCUUACAGCAGAAGCAUCAGCAGUGUGGGGUUGUGAUACUUGUAUGGCUGACAAAGAUGUCCAGUUAAUGCGUACCAGAGAGACUGCAGGACCACCUGCGUUGAAUACGGAUGGCUAACAACAUGAAUUGGUGGUGGUGGUUGAAAUACUUGCUAUGAAGAUUUGGUUACAAAUUGGGUACUUCACUUUCUGCAGACAAUCAGUUGUGUUUGAUUGCUGUCAUCUUUUUUUCCCUAAUCUGCUUUCAUUCAUAAACUUCCAUCUCAGCUUUUGUAAUCUUGGUUUCAUGUGUGCAAAUGUUUUACAGGAUGUUAUAUUUUUUGUUUCUGAUUAAACUGUAAAACAUAACUGACCACUGAUCGGAAGUAGGAUGUGCAUUGACAAUUUUAUUGAAGGCAAAAAUGUGCCUGUAUGAAUAGCCCCUAAUUUGCUAGUGUUAAUGGGUUAACUAAGACUAGCAUUUAGUGCUCAGCUUUAAUGGUACUAUAUUUGCAAGUACUCAUUACUUUUUUUUUUGGGGGGGUGGGGGGUGGGGUGUGAAUGUCCAUUACUGAUGGUUUUGCUAUCCUUUUUGAAUAUAGUGGAAAUGACAUGGAGCGAUGUGCAGUACUAAUAGUUUUUAUUUUAGGGUAAAUACAGAGGAUUUCAUAUGUGCUUUUUCCUAUUUUUGAAGUAAAGCAUUAACACACUAGUCAAAAAUGAAUGACUUCAUGCUUAGUAACACAGUGAAACAUGCUAACUCUUACACAUUUGUAGUUCCCUGAAAAGGCAAUGAUCUCUUUUGACUUCUCAGCAAAUACUUACUUGCUGAGGACUCUUGCUAGGCCUUGCAAUAUUUGGAAAUAGUUACAAAAUAUGAUUACAUUUGAAAAGAACUCAUCAAGUUUAUGAAGUCCAGUGCUUUAAAUUUAGGGAAUACCAAAACUAGGGUUGCAUAUGUAACCUUAAUUCAUUUAUCGUAAGCACAUACAUUAGGAUACAGUCUCUGCAUCUGUAACAGUUGUGCAAUCAUGCACCCCUCUUCUCAUCCUUUCUCAUUAAUGGUUCUAGUUUCCCACCUCAGUGGUGCCUGAGAAUUGUGACUGAACUAGUGCAGGGAAAAUCCUGCCCAUCUUCUAGGGCUUUCAACGAGAGCCUGCUGAGCUUACAUUUGGCAUGAAGAAGGGUGGAAAGCAAUCAAAUGUGCUCAGCACAGGCUCUGAACUACAAGAUCAUUUGGCCAGCAAGGUCUUAAAACUGAACUCCCACCACUGCUUCAGCCAGUCUUGCAGUGAGGGGGUGGGAAAUCUAGGGUGAAGAAAAAUACAGCUCUCACAUCAGGUGAGGUUAGCUCACAUCAGGAACAAGUAAUCAGAAGUUUGUCUUCUUUGCUAAACUUGCUAUCCUACUGACAAGUAUGAAUGGCACUAGAGCCUCGUGUGAUGUUAAGAAUUCUAUUUUAAUAUGGGUAAUUUGAUCUUAUUCUUGAUCUCAAAAAUAAUCCCCCCUUUGUUUUUUUUUAAUGUGGGGAAACAUCAAGCCUUCAGCCUUCGCAGUGUGAUACAGUUGCAUACGCAACUGUAAAUACGCGUUUCUGUAGAGGGAAGUGUUGUUUCAACUUAAUAAAAGGUGGCACUGUAAUAACAGACUCUGCUUGUAGUACCUCUGUGCUGGAAGCUUCUAGUUUUUGCACAAUCGGCAAUUAAAUCCUAUGUGAAGCAUUACAGGUACUGGUCACAUUCCUUAACGUAAUAAAGGUCUGUGGUGAUGAGUGAUGCAGGAGCCUGUAUAGAAUAGUCAUCUAUAUAAACAGGUAGUUUUUAUGGUAAGCUAUGCUAAUGAGUGAAAAGUUAAGGCCUGUGUGCUAGUUCACCAUUGUGUUUGAUUUUAAAUGGGCUCUACUGUGGUACUUACCUGGAAGAUACCGUGCAGGUCUACAGAACUGUCCUUGUUUUAUUUUAAAGUGGUAAGUUUUAUAUACCUUUACCUGAGAAGUGCAGUGUUGACCUCCUUUUUUGCCUUGCCUCUCAUCAGGAAAAAGGAGUGACUCAAUUCCUAUCCUGAGGAUUUCCUGUAUGGAGAUGUAAAGAAAAUGUAAGGCAGAUCCAGGGCUUCUGUUUGCAUCACUAUUUGCUUUAUUUAGUACAGAGGCUAAACUUAACCUUGUUUUGUUAGAGGUGUGAGAUUUAAAAACAACGAAAAACCAACCAAGCAACAACCUUUGUUAGGUUUAUUUUUCAGUAGUUUUCCUCAUGACUGACUGACUGUUAGAAUUUGCUUUUGGUAUGUAAAGUAGAAAUUAAACCAAACCUUGUUUAGGUAGAUUUGUUCCUCUGGGAAUCAGUUUAAUCUCUGCAACAAUUUGCACUGUGAAGUUAGUGGAGCUGGUUCAGACUUACAGCAAUGUCAAUGAAAUAACAAACUUUGCUCAGUGACAAUUCAACAAAAGCUCCAAUGAUGAUGCUACCCAAGUGUUCUGUUCACAGUACCUUUCCCACUCCCACACCCCAUUUCUGUUGUGAGAAGAUGUUUGGGGCAUUUGUUCUCAGAAGUCCAAUUAAUGUUUUAGCAUUUUGGAGCAGUCAUUGUGUUUAAAAUAGCCGUGUAUUUCUUAAUCUCUU